ACACACACACACACACACACACACACACACACACACGAGAGUAAGAUAAUUUAAAUACAGAGUGAUAUUGAUGUCUGUUGUUAACUAUUACUACUAUUACUAUUACUAUUAUUAUUUUUUUUCCCUCGUUUAUUGUUCUUCUUCUUCUUCUUCUUCUGCAACAACAACAAUAACAGCUACUACUACUACUACUACUACUACUACUACUACUACUACUACUACUACUACUACUACUACUACCUUUACUACUACUACUACUUCUGCAACAACAACAACAACAGCAGCAGCAACAAAAACAACAACAACAACAACUACUACUACUACUACCAUUACUACGACCACCACCACCACCAACAACAACAACAACAACAACAACAACAGCAACAACAACAACAACAACAACUACUACUACUACUACCACCAUUACUACGACCACCACCACCACCACCACCAACAACAACAACAACAACAACAAGACAACUGCUACAGGAUUUGCGUCAGCGGCAUUAACGGGCAGCCAUGAUUCAGAGGAUGUACACGUGAUGCGUGAGUGCAUCAGUAUUCAUGUGGGCCAGGCAGGAGUCCAGAUGGGUAAUGCAUGCUGGGAACUGUACUGUCUGGAGCACGGUAUACAGCCAGAUGGAAUGAUGCCUUCUGACCAGACAAUUGGUUACGGCGAUGACUCCUUCAACACCUUCUUCAGCGAGACACGUACUGGGAAACACGUACCUAGGGCUGUCUUCGUGGAUCUGGAGCCGACUGUUGUGGACGAGAUUAGGACGGGGACUUACCGCAACCUGUUCGCGCCUAACUCGCUCCACACUGGCAAGGAGGAUGCUGCCAACAACUACGCCAGGGGACACUACACUGUGGGCAAGGAGCAGCUGGAGGUGGUGAUGGACACGAUCCGGAAGCAGGAGGAGGCGUGUUCCGGACUGCAGGGGUUCCUAGUCUUCCAUUCCUUUGGGGGCGGCACGGGAUCUGGUUUCGGAUCCCUUCUGAUGGAGCAUUUAUCCCUCGAUUAUGGCAAGAAGUCCAAACUGUGCUUUUCCAUCUAUCCCGCCCCUCAGGUCUCGACAGCCGUGGUGGAGCCGUACAACUCCAUCCUGUUCACCCACACCACGCUGGAGCACUGUGAUGUGGAGUUUAUGGUGGAUAAUGAGGCUAUCUAUAAGUUAUGUCAAGAUGGUCUCAAUAUAACCCGACCCACCUACACUAACCUCAACAGAAUGAUUGGCCAGGUCGUCUCCAGCAUUACGGCAUCUCUUCGCUUUGACGGGGCCCUCAACGUUGACCUGACAGAGUUCCAGACCAACCUUGUACCAUACCCAAGAAUACACUUCCCACUGGCUACGUACGCCCCAGUGGUCUCAGCUGACAAGGCACAGCAUGACAACUUUGACGUGCGUACAAUCACCGCCAAAUGCUUCGAACCCAACCAGCAGAUGGUGAAGUGCAACCCCCAGGAGGGCAAGUACAUGGCGUGCUGCAUGCUGUUCCGAGGCGACGUCGUGCCCAAGGACGUGAACGCCGCCAUUGCUGAGCUGCGCACCAAGAGAACCAUUUCUUUUGUCGACUGGUGCCCCACGGGAUUCAAGGUGGGCAUCAACUACCAGCCGCCCACGGUGGUGCCUGGCGGGGACCUGGCCAAGGUGGAGCGGGCGGUGUGUGUCCUGUCCAACACCACGGCGGUGAAGGACGCCUGGAAGAGACUGGACAAGAAGUUUGACCUGAUGUACUCCAAGCGUGCCUUUGUCCAUUGGUAUGUGGGCGAGGGCAUGGAGGAAGGAGAGUUUGCCGAGGCGCGGGAUGACCUGGCAGCGUUGGAGCUUGACUACGAUGAGGUGGAGGAGAACCCAGCCACUGACGGGGAGGAGGAGGAAGGAGGUGGCUACGACUACUGAGCUGGCGGUGGCGAUGGUGGUGCACACUACAAGAGCUGCUACUACUACUGCAACACCUUCUGCUACUACAACGACACCUACUGCUAUUACUACUACUAUUUUGACUACUCUUACAGUCUCCAGUCAUCAGUAAGCCAUCCGUCAGCGUUGCAAGGCAGUUGUACUACUAACAGUGUACUAGUAUUACUGCUACUACUACUACUAACCCAGCAAGACAAAAUAAAAGUCAACUAAGAAGUAUUACUACUACUACUACUACUACUAUUACUACUACUACUAACCCAGCAAGUCAUUACAAGUCAUCUGUACAACUAACGAUGUAUUACUACUACUACUACUACUACUACUACUACUUCUAACCAAGCCAGUCAUCAGAGCAAGCCAACUAGCCCAUACUAAACUACUACUACUACUACUAUAAUAUAAAAACAAGCAAGUGGCAACAUUUAUACCAGAAAAAAGAAAAAAAACGAAUAAAUACAGAAAUAUUUAGACUAAGCCAUCUUCCAGUUAUAAGUAACAGACUCCAAAGGAAAUAAAUGAAAAAUGUAAGACCAGGAAAGGAGUCGAGAUAAUUUAAUGAUGUUCUUUAAUGUUCUGGCGUUUAUUGUUGGUGUAGUACGUAAAUGAAAGAUAAGGGAGACUGAAAAGAUGCAAUAGAGGAUGUAAGGCAAAAUUAAAUAAGAAAUAGAUGAUAAAGGAGUGUGAAAAUAUUAGUAAAAGAGAUUGAAAAGAUGUAAUAGAGUUUGUAGGGUAAAAGUAGAUGAUAUAGGAGAAUUUAAAUACAAUGAAGUUACAUAUAAGAGAAAGAUAAUAGAUAGAGGAGUUUUAAUGAAGCAAAAUAGAAUAUAUGAGAUGAAAUUUGAUGUUUAAGGUAGUAAGAAAAUUAUUAAAUGAGGAAAGGAAGUUUAGGAGAAAGAAGAGAGAAAUAAAAGAGGAAGAAGGCCAGAAAAAUAAAAUAAAGAUAAAUCUAGGAGAAAAAUAAAGAAAAGACCAGAAAGAAAUAAAAUGAAAGUCAAGGGAAAAAAAAAGAAAAGAAAAAAGAAAGACUGGCCAGCAAAAAAUAAAAUGAGAUAAGUAAAAAAAAAAAAAAAAAGGAAAACAAAAACAAAAUAAGACCAGAAAAAUAUUGUAGAUAAUCACUCGACAUUCUUAGUAACAUUUUAGAUUUCGUUGUAGUCACUGUAACAUUUCCUGCCAUCAAUUAGUCAACUUUACGUGCAAAACUCCAUCAUCAUUUUGCAGUUGAGUCAUUCCAGCUUAGUGAGGGAGUAACUGUGCCCUUCUCUCACUAACAGGAGGGUGGAGGCUCAAGGCUUAGAAUUGAAUUUGUACUUUGCUGUAUAAGACGGCUGGCAUUGCAAAGGUCGUGUCUGUGUGUUCUACGUUGGGUCUUGCUUGAAAUAUAACCGGGUUUUGUGCAUUAAGGGAGCAUUGCUAGCGGAAGUACUUGUAAGUGAGGGAAAAUAUUGUGUAAGAAGGCUGGUAUUGCAAAGAUUCUGUCUGUUCGGGUGUCACGUUAAGUUUUGUUUGUGUUGUGUUGUGUUGCGUGCAUUAUGGGAGCAUUGUGGGGUUGUAGAGGUUCUUGUAGCAGAGGGAGGAGGUUAAGGAAGAGGUCAAGUACAGGAGAUUAAAGUUAGAAGAGGGAAAUGUAAGGCAAGGAGAAGUUUGAAAGGAUUACGUAAUAUUGAUGCAAGGACACAGGUGAGAUUCAUUUAGAGAAGAGAAUACAACAGACAAGUCAAGAUGUGUUGAAUGAAAUAUAGGGAAGUUAUGUGAAAGAGAAGGAGAUGAUAGAUAUAAUAGGGAAUUAAAAGAUGUGAAAGAGAAUAGGUAGUAUAAGCAAAAUUAUAUAUAUCUAGAAAAUAAGAAUAUGAAGUUUUUAAUUUUGUAAGAGAAAACUAUAACAGAGAUAGAGCAAUAAAAGCACUUAAAAGGAUAUAAAAGACAAAAUUAUGCAUAUACUAUAUACAUAAAAAUAGGAAUAUGAACAAGCUUUAUUUAGAGAAAAGAUAAUAGACUGAGAUUAAACAAAUUUAGAUACUUAGAAUAAGGAAACAAAAAUUAUAUAUGAGAAGUUUUAUGUUUUUUUUUUUUUUUUUUUUAUCUUAAGUCUUUUGCAAAAAAUUGUAGAUCCAAAAAUGAUAUAUGUAAGAGGUUAUAUUUUUUCGUCAUCAAAAAUCCUUCAGAAAAAUGUAUAGAUGUUAAAUUUCUAUAUAUAAGAGGUUUUAUCCUUUCAUUAUCUAGGAUCUUUUGGAAAAGUAUAGAUGAUAAGAUUAUUGGUAUGUAUUUUUCUUUUUUCGUCACGUAAAUUCCCUCAGAAAUGUAAGAUGUUUUAUUGUUUCGUUACGUAAGAUCUUCUGGAAAACUGUAGAUGACGUAAUGAAAAGUGUUGGUUCCCGCCGGCCACACCUGUGCAGCGGCAGGUGUGGGAGGCGGAGGUGUAGUGCAUGUAGCCUUUACCUUGCCGUCCCAGCCACCACUCACUAGGCUAAGCUACUCCACGCAUCGUCGUUGGUCACCGCAUGGCUGCCGGACAUGCCUCACCUUAGUUACUUGAGAGUGUGCAGGUGAAUUGUGGUUGAUGAAUGAGUUAUGUUGCUUCAAACUUCAAAAAAAAAAACAUACAUCGAUGAAGAGCUUGUUGAAAUUUAAUGGAUGAUAUAUUUUGUUAUUUAGUAAUGCCUUAUUUUUAAAUAUAUAUUUCUUUUUGUGUGUGAAGGAGUUGAUUGUGAUAUUUAGUAAUGAAGGAAGCAAGCAAGGCCACAAAAAGGGAAGAAAAGCCUGAUAUUUUAAGUAUUUUCAACAAUUCUCUUGUGUGAAUUCAGCUUACAUCAAUAACAUGACAAAAUUCAUAGCUUCAAAAACUUCCGAGUCAUUCACAAACUGCCAUUCACCUACACCACUGCAUCAUUUUAGUUCACUCCCGCUUGGUUCGGAGCCAGAGCCGUGAGUCGCUUUCGUUGGCAUCGUCAUCUGUGAUACAGCCAUCCGUCCCUCUUGGCACCCCAUACACAGCGAGGGAGUGCCAGAGACUUGAGCCGUCCAUUGUAUCAUCCUGUCACUCCUGCCUAACAGAGGAGGUGUCUAGAGCCUUUCAUUUUGACACCCCUACAACUUGCCUUCAGUUUUGACUCUCCACUAGCUCCACUAAAGAGGUGCUUGGGAACAAAUACAGCUUUUAGUGGUAUUUCCUUAUUCAUAGAGAAAGGAAGCAUCUAGAUUCUGUUGUCUUUAGUUCUGACACUCUGCUAGCCUAACAAAGGAGCAUCUAGAACUAAUCCAUCUAUCAAUUUUGAUAUUCCUGUAUUUAUACUCAACAAAAGAAGCAUUUAGUUUCUCUCUCUCUCUCUCUCUCUCUCUCUCUCUCUCUCUCUCUCUCUCUCUCUUGACACUUCUGAAGCCCCCACAAAACAGGUGCUUGAGAACUAAUACAUCAUUUAGUUUUGAUAUUUUUACACUUGUUCACAUUUGCCCAACAAAGAACGCAUCUAGAACUUGUAAGAACUUGUCUGUCUUCAGUUCUGACACUCCUCUGAAGCCCCACAAAACAGCUGCUUGUUAACUAAUCCAUCUUUUAGUUUUGAUAUUCCCUUUGACUUGAGUUGUCAACUGUAGCACUGGUCCCCAAAAAAAGGUGCUUAAGAGACUAUAAAGUGCUUAAGGAACCCAGAGAGGUACCUAAGAACCAUUCCGUCCUUAGCCUAAGAACCACUCCGUCCUUAGCAAACACACACACACUCACACACACACACACACACACACACACACAUUCGUAGCGUUCAUAAGUUUCAUUCACAGUUUUUGUCAUUCGUUGUGUCGUCUCAAGUUAGUCAGUCAGUCGCAGCUGUGUUAAAAAAUGUUAGUCAAUCAAUCAAUGCCUGUUUGUUCUAGAAAUACUGUUUGUUUUGUAAGAUUAAAGACAAAUAAACAAAGACUUUGGCGAGUGUAUCAGUCUGUCAUCAGCGACAAUAUUCAUGGGGCAGCCUGGAACAGAUGAACAGCCAAGAGGUGAGUGAAACGUUUAGAGACAAUAAUGAUAAUGACUCAAUACUUAAAAGAUAAUGAAUAUGCUUUAGCCAUAUUCUCAAUUCAUCUUUAUUCCAGGCCAGCAGUCAGAGUGGCCAAGACAAAACACACACACACACACACACACACACACAAUCAUUCACACUCUUUAUCUUGUUGGCCGCAGGUGGAAAGGGCCACUAUUAUUUCUUCUACUCGUAAUAAUAAUCUUCCUGUCUAUUCACCAUGCCAGUAAUCCCAUACAAGGUAGCCUAGACAACACACACACACACACACACACACACAUACAGUCAUUCAAUCUUAGCCCCAUCAUCCUGUGGUGAAAAGGGACAGUUUCAUGGCUCACCCUACAACACACCAGGUUAGGCAAAUAAGAGAUAUGGAAUACAUUAGAUAGUUUAAUAAAAUAUAUUUGAUACAUAGUAGUGUCAUGAGGGAAGAAAGGAAAGGAAGUAGAUACAGUAACAUCACACGAAAAGCAACACCCUCAACACACCACACCUCACACCUUCUGGCAUUCACUUUCUGUCACACAUAUAGUUAAGGGAUUACUAUAACAUGAUAUAUACAUAAAAUACAACAACUGGUUAUGCUCACACUAAGAUGCUGCUUGUAUGUAGACUGUGGAGGCUCUGGGGAUGUGUAUCAGGGUGUACUGGGUGUAGUGGAGUGUUGUGUGUAGCCAGGAUCUUGUAUGCAGUAAGUUAGGCACAGUUUCAUAGUUAAAAGAUAGUGAUGUUUAUUAUCCUGUGUACCCUAAGGUGUGUGCUGGUAAUUGAGGCAGGUUAGGACACAGGAACACCCAAACACUGCCUUUUGCUGCCUAGUCUAAAUAUUCUGCUAUUCGUUUUUUGCCUGAUGGAAAUUUUAACGCUUAAUCCCUGGGUGGCUCCUUGGAACACAAUGAAUUAGUCCAUUUCAACUCUGAAUCAUACUAAACUAGAUUCUUUUAAACCAAGACUUUUGCUAAACACAACACACAGCUCACUAAUUUUAAGACAGCACUCGUAAAGCUUCGUAAAAUCACGUAAUCUUUUCCUAAAAUAAGAGCGUAAGAGCCACCGGACUCAGAGUGUUAAACAGCACCUGUGUGAUCCGCAUGUCGUGUGCCACUACUGCGAAAACAUUAACAUUCACCCAAACACUUCCUUCUGUUGCCUAGUCUGCAGAACACUUGGAAUGUCACCACUGCCUCACCACUCCUUCACCUUACAAGUUAUAGACACCACACUCUUAAGGUCUCGUUGAAAGUAUGAAGCUUACAAAAGGAUGUGUGAAGGGUUAUGAGAAUGUGUUCACUAUGGAAUACAAUGCACAAAGCGAAGGGCGGUCUGUGAAAUGACAGGUAAGGAAAUGACAUCUCGACUCACACACUGACUGAGGGAAGGCAGAUUUAAUACUUGUUGCAGUAUUAUCUAGUAUCACAUGUCAACACACACACACACACACACACACACACACACACACACACACACACACACACACACACACACACAUUAACCCACAUAAA